GACGUGCGGCAGCUCAGAGUAAGCGAGCGGCAGGAGGGCCGCUUUCCUUUCCAUUGUGUCCUGGCAAUACGGGCCCGGUGGGCGUGAGCUGUUGCCAUGUGCUCUGCGCAACACAGGAGGGAUCAUCGCAGAAGCUGAGCAAGCAGCUAACAAACGCACACAGUCCAGGGCGGACGACAUCCAAAAAGGGAGACGUAUCGGGAUACGCGCGCCUUUUCACUCAAACUUAACAUCCGAGGAGAAGAAAAGAAUGCAGAGUUGUGAGCAGGCAACCAGGAGGAGGAUAAACAAAGGGGUAGUGUGUGUGCGCGUCACUUGCCGGUAACCAGGUAGGGAGCAUUAUCUGGAUCUCAGGGGGAUCGACAAAUAAGAGCUCAUGUAGGAGAGAACCGGCCAUCCCGCUCUUAAUAAUUGCAACCCUGAUCCAAACCUGGGACAUAUGAAGUUGGUCUACUUUAUUUUCUAUUUUAUCAUUAUUUUCUGCUGAAUGGACGAAUUUAUGAGGAACAACAGCUGAACUGCUUCAUUAUUUUCUGCUGAAUGGACGAAUUUAUGAGGAACAACAGCUGAACUGCUUCCGAGUGAACGGGAGCCCAAUGAAUGCAGAAGCAUUAUACUAUCGGGAUGACAAGAAGGUCUGCCAUGUGCCAGCUUGGCUGGUCCAAAUGCAGCUUCCUGCUGUGCCUCGCGAUGAGCGCCGCAGUCUUUCUGGUGAUUCACUUCACAAAAAUGACGCCCAGCGAGCCCCCCACCCCAACGCCAUCGUGCCGCCCCUUCUCCGCCCAGUGUCGAAACUUUCUUCCCGUCGAACGAACAGAAUGGCAUCGGCGUGACUGUCAGAUCGAAAGCUACGUUAGCGACAGCAAGCUUCAGUGCUCCGAUUUGACGCGAGAGCUUCACUUCAUCACGAGACCUCUGAGCCAGGAGGAGGAGGAGUACUCGUUGGCCUUCAUCCUAACUGUUCACAAAGAACUGGAGCUUUCAGUCCGGCUACUGCGGGCCAUUUAUGCGCCACAGAAUGUCUACUGCAUCCACGUGGAUGCCAAGGCUCCGCAAGAGUACCGGGCAGCCGUGCAGAAUCUGGCAGGCUGUUUUGAAAACGUCUUCCUGUCCAACCGCAGCGAGACGAUAACCUAUGGCGGCUUCUCGCGCCUGAAGGCGGACUUGAACUGCAUGACCGAUUUGGUCGCGUCCAAAGUCGACUGGAAGAAAGUGAUCAACCUGUGCGGGCAGGAUUUCCCGCUCUGGAGCAACUUGGAGCUGGUGCGCUACUUGCGGAGCAAAGAGUGGCGGGACAAGAACAUGACGCCGGGGGUUAAGCAGCCGGCGCAUAUCAGAAAACGGACAAAGUUCCGAUACGAGGAGAUCGUUGGUUCGCACGUAGCUCUCAUUGGAGCGGGAGCCGAGAAAGACCCGCCUCCUCACAACCUUGAAAUAUAUUUCGGAACAGCCUACUACGCGCUCACGCGAGCUUUCGUCGACUUUGUUCUCGAGAGCCCCAAAGCUCGAGACCUCCUCGAGUGGUCCAGAGACACAUACAGUCCGGAUGAGCACUACUGGGUGACGCUCAACCACAUCAAAGAGGCACCAGGCAACAACAUACGUGGUGGCUGGGAAGGAAGCGUCCGUGCUAUCAAGUGGGCGGAGCAUGAAGGAAGGCUGCACGACGGCUGCCACGGCCGUUACGUGCGCUCCAUCUGCAUCUACGGGAUGAAGGACCUACCCUGGCUCAUCCGGAGCAACGCGAUGUUUGCAAACAAGUUUGAGAGCCAGUUUUUGCCCGAGGCCCUCGACUGCCUGGAGCAGUGGCACAGGAACAAGGUGCUGGGCAACGCCAGGGUUCCCAUAGAGUUGUCAUGGCUGCUGGCCACGCAGUGAAAGUGCCACGACGAGGACAUGUCACCCAAGGGGGGGUGACAAACAAGAACCAAAGGGAUGAAGUGACGAUUGCUUUGAGCAAUGUUUAUCAGCCAGCGUUAUGUUCGAUUGUUUUAUUAAACCCAUUUUUAAAAUUGCGCGUCAUCCCUGAAAAAAAAUUGCAUUCACCUUGUGGCAGAUUUCCGUCUUGACUUCCUUGAGGGCGCGGUCAGAGAAGACGCAACCGCACGUUUGCAGGUAAUAGAACCUGAGAACACAAACGUGGGCGACAUGAAAAAGCAUGGACACGUACUGCGCGUUUAAGUAGCUCUCACAUGGGUAGACAUUUCACGUAAUAGAAAAACCCGAACCAAAGUCAGAAUUGUCGGAAUGUAUUUUUUUUCCACUUUGCGUUCCCAUGAUGCAUAUCCCAACUGUGCGAUUGAUGGUAAUAGUGUCACAAGCGCACAACUUCAUCCGACUUGAGUUAGCUUUUGUUACCUGUGUUUGCCGUUCAUCUCUAGCCCAACAACGGGGCAAAUAAACAUUCCACAAUGGAGGACCUCGUACACGUCUCCUUUGGUGUUCCUUCUCUCACCUCCCCACUCGGGAUUAUCGGUCAAGUUGAGCUCUUUUAUGUCCUAGAGAAACAAAUGUGCAAAAGGAUGCGUGUAAACUGAAAAGGAAUGCGCAACCAAUGAGGAACCUGACAAAGCAUAAACAUACCUUGGUACCGCGGAUGUGCGUUACAGCAUCGGUGUUGGGUCUCUCAGCGGAUUUAUCCAGAAGAUACUCGAUGACAGCAUCUUUGUUAUAAAGUCUUCAAAAGAGAAUAGUUUUGUCUUAAGCGUCCUUAGUGUGCAUAUUUAUUCGCAUUGUUUUUAAUCCAGUUACUGUUAUAGUGCUGUCAGUGGCCGAAUUAGCCUUUGAUUACUGCAGCAGAUGAAAAGUGGUAUUGAAAACAGACGACUUGACGACAGCGGUCGGACAUCAACAAAUGAAUAAUAGAAAAUGUGAUAGUUUUCAUUAUUUAUGUAUCACGCACUGCUUAAUAUUGUUUUGAAUGAAUAAAAAUCUGAAUCUUAA